GGCAUUCCUGGCCGGUAGAGCGGAAGCGGAAGCGGAAGCGGCGGCCAUGCGGGCCCCGGGGCCGUGCGCGGAGUGCGGGGCGGCGGGCGCGGCCCGGUACCGCUGUCCGCGCUGUGCAGCCGCUUACUGCUCCGUGCCGUGCUGCCGCAGCCACCGCGAGCGCUGCGCGCCCGCUGCCCGGCGGGAGGAGGAGGAGGAGGAGGAGGAGGAGGAAGCCGGGCGGGGAUCGCCCCCGGGCCCCGGCGCUCCGGAGGACAUCCCGGGCGAGGAGGAGGAGCAGGACCGCGUCCCGCCGCAGAAACUGCAGCUGCUGGGGGAGUCCGCGGAGCUGCGGGAGCUGCUGCGGAACCCGCACCUGCGGCAGCUGCUGCUGGGGCUGGAGCGCGCGCGGGACAGGAGCGCGCUGCUGCGGCGCCUGAUGCGGGAGCCGCUCUUCGCCGAGUUCGCCGACUGCUGCCUGGCCAUCGUGGAGCCCCCCGAGGAGAAGGAGAACGUGCUGCCCCACUGAGCUGCGGGGCCAGCGGGCUUUGCGUCCUUCGGCAUCGAGGUUUUUGUUGUGUGGGCUUUGCCAGAGCUGCGCUCGGUCACUGUGCCCUCAGUGUCGGUGCUCUGAGCUCAGUCUGGAGCUGACAGUGCUCUGAGCUCAGCUGGCUGCUGGGACUCAUUUCUGUAUCCUUACCUGCAUGGAAAUUUGGGAUUGGAGUGGGGGGUUGAACUGGACACUCUGUGGGUUUCUUUCUGUUCCUUCUGCAGCCACAGGAAAUGUUACUUCACAGUGACAAUAUUAAAUAUAUUCGCAUUUAUUUUAA